AGACGCACGCGCGCACACAGACAGAAUUGACUAUACUGUAGUAAAUGCACAUUUAAAAUUGUUUUUAAACGUAUAUUAUAAAUUGUCGCUUUCCCCCGAUUAUAUUGAAAUGUAAAGCUGAUAUAUUUAGACAAACCACUGAGCGUAGAUAGUGUGCUGGAUUCUGACGUCACAGUUGGUUGCCGUGGCAACACUUCCUCAAACAGGAGCCGUUAAAUAGAAGGUUUUUCUUUACGCUCCUUUAUCAAAUUGAAAGUUUUCUCUCGGUGAUUGGGCAGAUAUGCAGAUUGGACAGAGAAGCCAAGCUCAGUGUCGGGAAUUUACCGGACCUACACCUCACUCAGUGGCAGUGCGAGCCAGACAGUCAUCAUGCAGAAAAUCAGAUUACCUUAUCGUGGAACGAAGGAAACAGGAGGAUGCUCGCAACAACGUGCUGGAGUUUACCAAGGACCAUCGUGCCUGCGAUGUGAGAAUGCGCUGGGAAAUGAACACCGAGCAGAGGAUGGUGUCGGCCACUAUCGGGCGGCGUGUCCAUGAGGCAAUGGAACAGUACGAGAUGAGCAUCGAUGAACGGAGAGAAAAGUUGCGUAAAAUGUUGGAAUCUGAGGAGAGAGAAUUGUUGCGAGAAAUGGAGGCAAAGGAAGACACUGUGCUCGACAGGCAAGCCAGGAUGCGCGAGAGAGCAAAGUACCUGCAGGAGAAAAGAGAGAGGGAGAGGCAGAAGGUGGUUGCUGAGAAGCUUGAUCAACUCUUCAGAGAGCAGAGUGAGGAACUGCGGGUCAUGUACAUGCGUCGACAACUGGACGAGGUCUGCACGGAGCGUGCCGCACAGAUCCAAACACAACGAGAACAGCGUCAACUGCAGCAGGAGGAAGAAAUACUGUUUGCACAGCUGUGGGAAGGAGAUCGUCUGGCUAAAGAGCAACGAGAGAACCUGCAGGCUCAGCGUCAGAGAGAGAAUAACUUGCAGCAGCUGGCUGUCCUGCGCAGUCAGAUGGAGGCUGCAGAGCAACAAAAGCUUCAGGCUAAACAGCUCAAAGAAGAAGAGGCCCAGUUACUGCGAGAUCAGAGGGAGAUGAUGCGCCUGGAAGAACAACGGGAGGAAAAACGAAAGCUCCAGGAUCAGGAGAGCUGGUGCAAACAGCUAGACACCUCACUGCGUCUGAAAAUGAAGCGUCUGGCACGGGAACAGCAGGAGGAUCUGGCGUUGGACAUGAGCAUCCUGGAGCUUACACUGCUUACACCGGUGAAGGACGAGAAAAAAGAAGAGACUCUGAGGAAGUUGGAACUGCGUGAGGAGCAGCGCAGGUAUCGGCAGUACCUGGCAGAGCAGUUGGAGGAGCAGAGAAAGCACGAGGCAGAGACGGAGCAGCUGAUUGAGGCUGAGCUGCAGCAGACGUGGAACCGCAGGGCGCAGCAAAACCGUCUUGUGAAAGAAGCCAAAGACCGGCUCAUGAAAGAUGUUAUGGACACACGGCGCUUACAAAUUCAGGAACAGUUGGAGAGGAAUGCUCAGAAACAGGCUGAACUGGCUAAGGAGAGAGACGAGCUGAAUAGAACCAUCCAGGAGAACAAGCUGCUGGACGAACAGGAAAAAACACGUCUCAGGGAGGCGGGUCAGGAAUAUCAAGCUUGUCUGUUGGCUCAGAUUUUGCACAAGCAGAGGUUGUGUGAUGUCGAGCAGGCCGAGAAAGAUCAAGAGGUCCAAAGGAGUCGAAUGUUCCAGGAGCAGUACAAUCACAAGGUGCAGGAAAUCCUGUCCAGACCGACAUCUCACACCACAGCAGUUCAUCCUUUUAGAAGAAGAAGGGAUCGACCAACCACUGACUAAACCUGCUCAAAUCAAUAGCCAUAAGCUGUGAUUAGCUCUAACAAUGAAAACUAUAGGUUUUUAUAGUUUUAUAAGCUGAUAUACAGUAUCUUUGACUUGUGAUUUAAGAUUUGCAAAACAAAAUAAAAAUAAAAAGUUAUAAAAAG